AUGUUUAUUAUACGUGAAGCCAAUAAAUCAGACAUCUCUCAGUUGAGACAACUAUUUGAAUGCUCAGACAGUGAUCACAGAUCGCAUGUCAGCCGUACUGUUGUUGUCAGUGAUGAACAGUUAGAAAACAAUGGGUUCAGUAAUGACAACACCAAUAAAUGGCAAUUUCGGACACUAGUAGCUCAACUCAAUGAUAAUAAUAGCGACUAUUAUAGACAACAUUCACUAAUUGGUUACGUUAUCUAUUCAAAUGGUUAUUCAAUGAGUAGAGGCAAAAGCAUUUUGAUAGAGGAUCUCUAUGUGCUGGAUGAGUAUACUAACAAAUUAGAUACAGGUGCUAGUGAUGGAGGUGGUGUGGGUCAGGCAUUUUUGUCGGCAGUGGCUAAACAUGCGGUUACAAGCGGUAUCACAUGCAUGGAGUUGAGCUGUUUCGGUUGGGACGACCACUUGAUAUCGCUAUUCAAGUCUUUAGGCAUCAUUGACGAGACAAUAGAGAUGUCAUAUCAUCGGUUUGGUAUUACUGGCGAACCAAUGAAACAAUUAGCUAAUAGUGUGAUUGAUAAUAAUGGUGAUAAUGAAAAAUUUAAAUCUACAUUCACUGUACAAAAUGCAACAGUAGAGGACAGGUAUGCGAUACGAGAUUUGUUCAAAAAGUUUGCUGAGUUUAAUAAUAGAGAUCCCGAAACUGUCGUAAGUGUGGAACAGAUAGAUAGGGAUGGUUUUGGUGAACGACAAGUAUUUUGGACAGUUAUCUUGAGGCACAACACCAGUAGACAAAUAGUCGGGUUUGCACUUUAUUAUCCAACUUUCACGUCAUUUAACGGCCGCGGCGUAUGUAUGGAGUAUCUGUACGUUUGUCCAGAGUUUCGCGGUUCGGGUGCCGGUCGAGCAUUGAUGGCUUCGGUGGUCAAUGAGUCGGCAAACAAUGGUCAAUGCAAUUACUUUCGGUGGGGAUGUUUCAUGAGGUUUACCGAUACGGUUGCUUUUUACAAGAGAAUCGGUGCAAUCGAUUGGACGGAAACAAAAAAUGUACACAACUUUGUUAUUUACGACAACGAUUUGAUUCAAUUAUCGCAAUUGUAA